CGUAUUGUCAUUCCUCCUACUCACGCGCAAACUCCUUCGCACAUUCCUCUUACAUUAAUCUGCCCAUUCAAAUUAGCAGAGACUGAGAUUGGCGUCAUGCAUUAUAGCAGCGAUGGACAUCCAAAGACGAACUUUAUUGACGAUGUUGAGCAGGGAGUGCAAACGGAUUCGGUCGUCAGCAUUGCAAAAUCAGAUUGCUGUUCUUCAAUUCGAAGCAAGAAAAAAUAUUGUAUGGACGGUAGUAUUGAUGCUGCACCAAAUACGGUUUCGUCCCUGUUCCGUACGUCAACUGCUCGCAUAACUCUGGCAUCCACAGGUGAAUUAAGCUGUAUGGGAGAUAGCGAAAUGUUCCAAACAAUCAGCUCCGGUCAAGUCGCCAAACCGCUGCAUAAUAGAUUCGGUCGCGCUUUUGUGUCACAUGAGUACGAGGACAACUACCGCGAAGCCAUCAAUCAUCGAAACGAUGAGUCUUCAACCCACGGUACGCCGAAGAAAAUUUAUUUUCGUGGUGGAACAGCCAUGCAUUUUCCUGAACGUCUCUUUGAGAUGUUGCAGCAGGUCGAAGAGCUCGGAAUCUCCCAUAUUGUCUCUUGGCAGCCUCAUGGACGCUCUUUCCUUGUACAUCGUCCUCGAGAAUUUGUAUCGCAAGUUAUGCCAAAAUUUUAUCGGCAGACUAGAUUCACGUCCUUUCAGCGCCAACUCAAUCUAUACGGUUUUACUCGUUUGAGCACAGGGCGAGACUGCGGUAGUUACUACAACGCAAACUUCCUCAGGGGUUGUCCUCUACUUUGCCGUCGUAUUGUCCGUCGACGCAUCAAGGGCAAUGGUGUCAAGCCAGUCCCUUCGCCAACCACAGAACCUGACUUUUACAACAUGGAAUGGUGCGAGGACUCCGGUCCACGGCCAACCUUUCACGAGAAGCCAUCUUUCGGAAUCUGUGGUGGUACUGCUCCUCAAACCUCGUGCUUCCAACAAAUUUUAAAUUCAAGCGCUGCUUCUUACGAUCCUUGGAACAUAACAAGCCCAUAUCAUGAGCAGCCAGGGUACACCACGCAGGUAGCCUCGCCUGAAAUCGCAAUGAGCCACCUUCAGAUUCCUGAAAGUCUUCUUUAUUCGCAGCAGAUGGCUCAAUGCUGUCGACGCAGCAAUCUCCCUACAGCCUCUAGCUCUAGCAUCUACCCUUGGACUUUAGGCAGGUCUACCACCACCGAAAAUGGUUCGAACGAGGAUAUGGUAGAAGGAUUACGCCAAUACCUUCCGGACCAUUUUGUGGAAAAUGACCAAGCGUUGAUACUCCUUAGUAGCAUUUGUGAUACAGAGGAAGAUUCAUUGUAUGCCCCAGUUGAUGGUGAUGUUUUCCGCUUUCUCUAGUGGCUUUUCCAGUAAAACGUCGGAUGAUGAAACCUUGAUUUUAUCUUACUGUUAAAAAGAGCUAAUGUAACGAGUUGCACUGG